UGAAAUAAACAUUAUAAUCAUGAGUUGCUUUAAAAGUCGGACUGAGGAUAAUGCUGAAUUUAGAGAAGCCAAACAGCACACAAAAAAUUUCUUUAACACCACCAAAUUGCUUCUGCUAGGUACUGGCGAGUCUGGGAAAACCACUAUAAUCAAACAAAUGAAGAUAUUACAUAUUAAUGGCUUUUCUACGGAAGAUAAACUGGAAAAAAUAAAAUAUAUUAAACAAAACAUACACGAAUCUAUUUACGAUAUUGUGAGUAACAUGGAUAAGAUUAAUCCUCCAACAAAAUUUCAAAGUGAAAAGGCCGAGAGUGCGGGCAAGUGGAUUUUAAAUAUUGGUCAACAAGAACCAACUGAAUAUUCCCAGGAAUACUAUGACAAUAUAAAAAUAAUCUGGGCUGACGAAGGUGUUCAAGAGACUUUUAGAAGAUCCAAUGAAUAUCAAUUAAUUGACAGUGCCAAACAUUUCUUAGAUCGAAUAGAUGAAGUAAGAAAAUCUGAUUAUUUACCUACCGUCGCCGAUAUACUCCAUUGUCGUAUAAAAACAGUGCAAAUAUCUAAAAUAGAAUUCGACGUAAAAGUACCGAAAAGCCAAGGUGGAGGUGUAGCAAAAUUUUGGAUGUUUGACGUUGGAGGACAAAGAGGUGAACGAAGGAAAUGGAUCAAAGUAUUUGAUGAAGCGAUACAGGCCAUACUUUUUCUUAUAGCCGCAAGCGAUUUCGACUUAAAAUUACGCGAGGAUGGCCUAAAAAAUCGUCUGAAGGAAGCUUUUGAACUUUUUGAUUCCAUUUACAAAAACAAGUUCUUACGAAAUGCUGGCUUAAUUGUUUUCCUAAACAAACAGGAUCUGCUUGAACAAAAGAUUAAGGAAGGACACAAACUGGAGCCAGAAUUUCCAGAAUUUAACGACUAUAUUCCUAAAGAGAAAGAUGUUGAUUCAAAUAACUACUAUCUUAAAGCAAAAUAUUUCAUGAGACAUAAAAUAAAUGAAAUUGCAUCGCAACCUAUUACUGAAGAAGAAAUUAAAAAUGGACAUCUUUCAACUAGAAUACUACCCAAGAGAGAAGUUUAUACCCAUUUCACAGUAGCAACAGAUACCAAUAACAUCAAAAAAGUUUUUGAAGGCGUACAAGAAAUGAUAUUAAUACAUAAUAUUUCUAAUUUUUAAGUGAAUAUAAAGUUGUAUUAAACAUGUACAUCAGAUGUUCAAUAUAAAAAUAUAAACAACAACUUCAUAUAAGUAA